GAUGAACUGCUGAAGCUGCAGACAUGCCGCCGGUCCGGAGUCUUCUCUGCAGCCCCUCCAGACAUGCUGACCUGAUCCAGAAUGGAUGAUCUGACCAACAGCAGCCUGGUUCUGAUGGACCACAUCCUGGCCAGCAAUGUCCCAGACUACCAGGUCCCUCCAGAUGAGAUCCCAGACACCACGCAGGGACGGGCCUUCUUUGUGGCCACCAUCGUCAUCGCUGUGGUCCUGGUGGGCAUCAUGCUGGUCUGCGGGGUGGGGAACUGCCUGUUCAUCGCCAGCCUGGCCCGGUUCAAGCAGCUGAGGAACCUGACCAACCUGCUGAUCGCCAACCUGGCCGUGUCGGACAUCCUGGUCGCCGCCGUGUGCUGCCCCUUCCUGUUGGACUACUACGUGGUGAAGAAGCUGUCGUGGGACCACGGCCUGCUGCUCUGCGCCUCCACCAACUACCUGCGAACCGUCUCGCUCUAUGUGUCCACCAACGCCCUGCUGGCCAUCGCUGUGGACAGGUAUAUGGCCAUUCUCUACCCUCUGAGGCCUCGUAUGAAGUGCCAGACGGCGUACUGUGUGAUCCUGAUGGUCUGGAUUGUCCCCAUCUUCAUCUCCAUCCCUUCUGCCUACAUGGCCUCAGAGACCACGUACCCCCAUGUUGAAGGUCACACUGACAAGACUUUCUGUGCUCAGAUCUGGCCCGUAGACCAGCAGGUCUACUAUCGCUCCUACUUCCUCCUCGUCUUUGCUCUGGAGUUUGUGGGUCCUGUGACUGUCAUGGCCGUCUGCUACACACAGAUCUCCAGGGAGCUCUGGUUCAAAGAUGUUCCCGGCUUCCAGACGGAGCAGAUCCGGAAGAGAUUUCACAACCGUCGCAGGACGGUGGUGGUGCUGAUUCUGGUGCUGGUGGCCUACGUCCUGUGCUGGGCACCGUACUAUGGUUUCGCUCUGCUACGGGACUUUUACCCCACCCUUAUCUCCAGGGACAGAAACUCCCUGGUAGCCUUCUACAUCAUUGAAUGCAUCGCCAUGAGCAACGGGAUCAUCAACACUCUCUGCUUCGUGAGCGUCCGAAACAACAGCAAGCGCCUAAAGAAGGCCGGCAGGUUCCCGCUGAGGCUGGUCAGUUUUGUCGUGGGAAAGUCGUUGGAUGACGCGGAGGCUCGGACAUCCUCACUUCGGGUGACGGAGGAGGUGGACGGCGUUCGGCUGAGGUAGAAUUGAAACUCUAUGAAGAGAACUGCAGGGAAGGAGUAGAUCACGAGGUCCUGAUCAUCAGGAAUUGAUUGAUACUGGUUUGAUCCAGAGAGAACAAAACAUGCAGGCGGAGUCAUCCAACAAAAAUCAAAGACCAAACUGGACUUCAGAGAACCCUUCUA